AUGCCACCGGCUGGAAAGAGAGUAGCGAUAGCGGAUGGGGAGGAACUGGAGGCGAAAAAACGACGUGACAUGUCGAAGGCCGAAAAAAAGGCCGACGACGCGCUGCGGGAUUUCGAGAAGGAGCGGACGGAAUUAAAGCGGACGAGGGGGGAGUUGAAAAAGAUGUGGCAGGGCCUCUGCUCGACGGCGAAGCAGAUGACCUCCAAGGCCAGCAAGGUGAAGGCGCUCGAGAAAAAGGUAUGGCGGCUAUCUUGUUUGUUUUUGUUUGCGUGGUCGGGUUUUCAUUUUCAAAGACAUCGCGCGGCGCCGCCGAGGCAAUUUUUCUCCGGCGCUGCGUGAUCUCGGUAGCCUUUCACCUACAGAAAACAUGAACAAACAGGCCCGCGACAAGUUUCUCGGUCUCCUAAAAAAGGAGCUGAAGGCCAUGACUUCCAUCCGCCAGAUCAAUGGGGAGUGGUGCUGUCCACCAGAACAAAGCAUCACUAUCAUAGAGAAAGGCAGCAACUCGCCACUUAUGUAAUGCGAGGCCGAGGCCCGUGCCCAAACAUGAAUAGCAUGCUCCUGAUAGAUUGGUCUCUACAGACUUUGCCACCGUCCCAGUGUUUUGCUCUGCAGAGCACAUAUGCACAUGCUGGGCUGUUUCUCUAUGAUAGUGCCGAAGGGAAACGUCGACUACGAACUCUACAAGUACAUCCUGAAGCUCGCGCGCAACGAGCCAGUCGACGCGGACGAGGAUGGUGACGACGAAGACGAAAACCCCAAAAUGGCGACAGUACUGAAGGCCGCGCGGUUUUGCGUGACCGAGGGGGCGGACGAGUGGAACAGCACCAAGGUGGUACCGGAAGCACAGCCGCUGCGGACUGCGACCCUCUCCUACGGGUUCGCGGAGCGGGUGUUCUCCGCCUCGAAUCUCACCGGUGGGCGGUGGUACCCCGGACGGGCGGAGCGAACCAAAAUCAACCAAGUGAAACUCACCUUCAACAAGAACGAACAGUCCCUGGAAGUGAAGGCCAGCAUCACCAUGACCGUAGAGGAGAAUGGGUCCUGAUUAUUCCGCUUUGGUCUUUCCUGAAUACCAUUUCGCUACUUUCGUCUUCCAACUUACUACGUGUGACCUACAGACUUCUUCUAGAGCUACUUAAUCACUCACCAACUUUCGCUGCUACAGUCAAGACUUGUUUAUUCGAACUUAUCAGGUAGGAUCUAACGGUACUGCUGAGGUGUCGGUUGAUAUGAAAUGUAAUAAAUUUGUUCAAACUACCUUAUGCUACUAUCGAUGCUGUUGCUGACCCCCCAGCUUCUGCUAGCAUAAUAAAAACCGUUCGCGACAAAAUGUUUUCUCGAAAAGAACUUGAGACCUAAAAGAUUCAACUUUCGCUAUCGAUUUCCGCGAUGCACGAAAUCGGUAUGCGGACGUCUAACUGUAUGCGUUUCCGAUUUCUUGUGUGAACGACGGAGGAAGAUCGCGUUGUCGGAGUGAACGCCUCGAGCGGUUGCAGUCGAGGAUGGUACUACUAACGUAGUCACGCAUUCUGUUUUUUCGUUCGCUUUGUCAUUCGGACCAAGAGAGAAACUGGCGGAAAGCCGUGGGUGGUGCUGAGCGUUACCGGAUAACGAAGUAACUGUCGUUGGCUACGAGAGGAAGAGCGCCAAGAUGCUAUUCUUGUCCUGCGG